AUGACGAUUUGUAUUUAUAACGCAUGUACGGUUGUAUCGGAUGCCGCCAUUGAAGAUCUGAUGAUACAAGCUAGGAGGAUUAAGUACGACGUCAUCGGACUGACAGAGACGAUACGAUCCCACCCUCUCAGCACAGUAGAUGAAAUGGAGAAGAACUGUUCUGAGGAACAUGUGACGGUAGAGGAGCUGACAAUCUUCGUCGCUUACGCUUCAACAUCAAGAUGCAAAGAGGACGUCGAAGCUUUCUAUACGGACUUAGAGAAAAUUCACAAAGAAGAUCAUACCUUAUACAGGGUCAUAGUUGGUGAUUUUAACGCCAAGAUUGACCUUAGAAGCACGACUGAGAAACUUCACAUCGGGAUCCAUGGCCUGCAAUGGACCAAACAGGGCGAGAAGCUCUCCGAGUUCAUCAUGACGACCAAGACCAUCCAUGGGAACUCGCAAUUCCAAAAGCCCUCCUCUCUACGCUGGACGUGGAAGUUACCCGGUGGAGGAUGUCGUAAUGAAAUUGAUUACAGUAAAAGGGUUCUGUCUGCCAGAUAUCGCUGCUGUGCCAAAGUUCCAUUCACAACCGGAUCAUCGCCUCCUCCGAGGAUAUUCCUUCAAACGGGGAAAGGGAAAGCCGCGAGGUUCAGAAAGCGGACCCCCACAACUAUCAUUAAUUGA